CUAACAUCCAAUUCAUGGCAAUCGCACCUAAAAAUACGUCACAAUCGGGGCGGAAAUAACAUCGCUACUAACGGCCAACCAUAGCAACCGCCAUCUUCAAUCCCAGGUCCAAACAACAACCUGAGGAGAAGUCUUGCGAUCACACCCUGCCAUGAAAUGACAUCGGAAAGGCGGCAGCAUCUGUCUAUCAAUAAGUGGGCCGCACGAGGAGUGCCGACGUGUAUUCUCGCUGCUACUGGUUACGCAGUAUAUGUCUUCGUCAAAAAGAUUUGCAGUAUGUGCUUUUGGUCAGCGGAGCAUUAAGAUCUCAAUGGCAUGACAGUCAUUGGAAUCAUGUUUAGAGCUCCGAAGUUCCUGCCAUAUGCUUCUUUACAUCAUAGAGACUUUGAGCUUCCACGGCUGAUGAAAGGUCCAGUUGAAUACCUAAUCGAACCCGCUGAAAAUGGCUAUCGCUUGAUAAAAGAGAGAGUGUCGACCGCAGUCCCUGUCCUUGUGUUUUUCUUUUUGCUUCUGGUGUUGUAUUUAAGCUGCUAUGCCCGAUUAAUGCAGACCAUUGCACACAACCCCGGAUAUACGACUCGAAUACCUCAUUCACCUCCGCACAAUGUAGAACGUAGCAAAGAGAAGAGAGCUAGGUCGAUUUUGUCAUGUACACGUUCGACAGUUCUCGAUGACACACUCUAUCCAGUGUUAAACAGGACCGCAAUCGUACAGGGCAAGGUUCCUCCUCCACCAGGCAUCGAGUACUUUACACGUAAGGACGUCUUUAUUUGUGAUGCUCAAGGAUUACCUCUCUUUUGCGACAUCUGCAAUAACUACAAACCGGAUCGUACACAUCAUUGUAGCGAGGUUGAUAGAUGUGUGCGACGAAUGGAUCACUUUUGUCCGUGGGUUGGUGGUAUCGUAUCGGAGACUAAUAUCAAAUUUUUUUUGCAAUUCUUAUUUUAUGCAGCGGCUUGGGGUAUCUACACCCUAGGCUUUUCGUCGUGGGCAAUAUCUGAUCGCAUCAGUAAGCACAAUGCCCUGAUCCUCUCAACGCCACGAAAUGAACUAUUUAGCCGAAUCGAUGGCCAGUGGAUUGCCCUCAUAGCCAUGACUGGACUUCUUGGCGGCUUGUUCGCUGGAGGAAUGUUUCUAACCACCUUUUAUAACGCGGCCGUCAAUCGAUCAACAAACGAGCAAGUUGUUAAAAGAAGCUACUGCAUCGCCGUGCGACUGCCACAGAAAUUCAUUGAGAAACAUCCGUCGAGGCUCGCAAACUUUCCUACUAUCACUUACCCACUGAAUAGAAGCAUUCUCAACGUUACUACUUCUGGGAGAGCAGAUUUUGACGAGGAACGUAAUACUUAUGGCCGUGAGCAUCAACGAACAUAUGCUAUACUGCAGUCAAAGCCAUCAGAAAAUAUUUGGUCUGUUUCAAUUACGCAGAACCUGAAAAGCGUCUUGGGAGAACGAUACAUUGACUGGCUGUUGCCGCUCAAGUACCCACCCUGCGUUCGGCAUGAUGAUCCACGGAGCGACUAUCCACUGGGGCCUGACUUUGAGCACUUGUGCAGAGAAGCAGGCAUUCGGGCGUGAAUGAGAUAUCGAAGAUUCGUAUAUCGCUAGCUUAUAUAUCAGUAGCAAUACGAUCUAGUUUGACAAACAAUUACUCUCUGAA